CUUCGUCGGUGCUGUUACUCUUGGACUGCACCUUGGCUUUUUCUAUAAAGCCAUGACAUCUUCUCCAUCAGGAGUAUGACUUUUCAAGCAAUAGACUGGAAAGAUGGUAGAAAGCACAAAUAUGGCCGCCCAUCAGAGCCCACAUCCCAGUUCCAAGAAGCUGCUGAUAUUCUAGAACUAGGUCAUUUCACCUGGGACAAAUACCUAAAAGAAACAUGUUCCAUCCCAGCGCCUACCCAUUGCUUCAAGCAGUCCUACACUCCCCCAAGCAACGAGUUCAAGAUCAGCAUGAAGUUGGAAGCUCAGGACCCGAGGAACACCACCUCCACCUGCAUUGCAACAGUAGUUGGGCUGACAGGUGCUCGACUCCGACUACGCCUGGAUGGCAGUGACAAUAAAAAUGACUUCUGGAGAUUGGUUGACUCAGCUGAAAUCCAGCCCAUUGGUAACUGUGAGAAAAAUGGAGGGAUGCUUCAGCCUCCCCUAGGAUUUCGACUGAAUGCUUCCUCCUGGCCUAUGUUCCUCUUGAAGACACUAAAUGGAGCAGAGAUGGCUCCUGUUCGGAUUUUCCACAAGGAGCCACCAUCUCCAUCUCACAACUUCUUUAAGUUGGGAAUGAAACUUGAAGCUGUGGAUAGGAAGAACCCACAUUUCAUCUGUCCAGCCACCAUUGGGGAAGUCCGAGGCUCUGAGGUCCUUGUCACAUUUGAUGGGUGGCGGGGUGCCUUCGACUACUGGUGUCGCUAUGACUCCAGGGACAUCUUUCCUGUAGGCUGGUGCUCCCUGACAGGAGACAACCUGCAGCCCCCUGGCACAAAAGUUGUGAUUCCAAAGAACCCUUUUCCCACCUCUGAUGCAAGUGUUGAAAAACCCAGCAUUCACAGUGGCACCAAAGCUGUCUUGGGGCAUCAGCCAGGGCAAAGGGGCCGCAAACCAGGCAAGAAGCGAGGCCGAACACCCAAGACUCUGAUUCACCACCCCAUCUCCACCCCAUCCAAGUCAGUGGAACCUUUGAAAUUCCCAAAGAAGAGGGGACCUAAGCCUGGCAGCAAGCGAAAACCUCGGACUUUGCUAAACCCAGCACCCACCUCGCCAACCACCAGUACCCCUGAACCAGACACCAGCACUGUGCCCCAGGACGCUGCUACAAUCCCCAGCUCAGCAAUGCAGGCCCCCACAGUUUGCAUCUACUUGAACAAGAAUGGCAGCACUGGCCCCCACUUGGACAAAAAGAAAGUCCAGCAGCUGCCUGACCACUUUGGGCCAGCACGGGCCUCAGUGGUCCUGCAGCAGGCAGUCCAGGCCUGUAUUGACUGUGCUUACCACCAGAAGACUGUCUUCAGCUUCCUCAAGCAAGGUCAUGGCGGGGAGGUCAUCUCAGCUGUGUUUGACCGGGAGCAGCAUACCCUCAACCUGCCAGCGGUCAACAGCAUUACCUUCGUCCUUCGCUUCCUGGAGAAGCUGUGCCGAAACCUCCGGAGUAGCAACCUGUUCGGCAACCAGCCCUUCACCCAGAAUCACAUGCAGCUCUCCACCACUGAGUACGACCACGACAGGUACCUACCAGGUUCUGAUCGAUAUUUGGGAUCCCGAGACCCAGCACGAUUGAGCAGCCGGGACCCCUCCUCUUGGACAGUAGAAGAUGUGAUGAAGUUUGUAAGAGAAGCUGAUCCUCAGCUGGGACCCCAUGCUGACCUUUUUCGAAAACAUAGAGAUCUUGAUCAAAUGCUGACAUUGGUCCCAUCUCUUCUUCUGUUGCCAGAACUUUCUUCUUACUCUGACAAUCAAACAAGGACCCAAGCCGGAGCAAGGCCCCUCACUGCAGGGCCUCCCCAUCAGGCCAUCAAUUCUCCCCUUCUACCUUCUCCGCACCCGAGAUUGGGAGCCGAAAGGGGCCAGGCCCAGCUGGGGCCCAUCCUUGCUCCUUCCAACCUGUCACUUGGCAGCCUCACCGUCCCUGGAAAGUGUGUGGGCUUCCCCCAGAAAGCUUCCCUAUCCUGCUGGUCCCAGCCCAGGGCCCAGCUGCUCAUCCACUUCAGUCAUCUCUGA